AUGCGGCGUGUAGCUGAAUUUAGAAAAGAAAAUGCUUCUCUACUGGACGGGUUAUUACCUGAACACGAAAUUCAAUCAUUCUUAGAACACAAAGUUGUGAACGUGCUGAAGGGACGUGACCACAAAGGAAGAAGAGUUCUAGUUGUCAAUGUUGGAGCCACCUGGGACCCGAAGAAGGUGACGGCGGACCAGCUCUUCAGGCUGUUUUACUUAAUCCACGAAGCCGCGAUGUUAGAACCAGAGACUCAAGUUCGAGGCACCGUCGUCAUCAUGGACUUCCACAAUAUGGGCUGGACUCAGACGUGGGGACUUACACCAAGCUUCUCAAAACGUCUCCUGACUUUCAUUCAGGAUGCGAUGCCUUUGAGGUUGAAGGAAGUCCACUUUGUCAAGGAACCAUUGCUCUUUAGUGCCGUAUGGAAGAUGUUCAAACCCUUCAUCAGAGAAAAACUAAAGAAUAGGAUAUAUUUCCACGGCUCAAAGAUGUCUUCGCUCCACAAGCAAAUGGAACCAUCUCACUUACCUGCCGAUUACGGCGGCGAUCUGCCAGCUAUCAACUACUCUGGGGCUGAAUGGUACCCGGUCAUCAACGAAAUAUUACCGCAUAUACAUAACUGGAACUCCUAUGGUUUUGCUAAGGACUCCUGA